CUUCACUUCAUUUUCCAUGAUCUCGUUCAGCAUCAUCUUCGUUUCGUCCAGCAUUUUGCAGUGAGAAACACGUUGAGAUCAUGUCAAUGUCUUUCACAUCCUCACGUGCCAGCCACUAUUCGUCGCAUUAAAGUCGUUCACAACUACUGCGUGCUAGGCCACAAAAAAGCUCGACGUCCCCGUGCAAGUAUCGUCCUGAGUGCAGAGGUUUUUUUCCAACGUAACUACAGGAGAGCGGUUCUACAGCCACUGCCACCUAACCAAAAUGCUAGUUUUAUUUUGCAUGUUGAAACCGAAAGUGACGUUUUAGAUCAGUCAACCUUGCUUUUUCAAACUGCAGUUACACAGCAACUCCCAAAGACGGAACAGCAGCACGACUCCCACUGGCGUGCUUCGCAUUUUCUCACUACCUUUCCACGCAUAAUUCGUACGUCAGAUUUUUACUUUUCGUAAAACACGACUCCAAGCUUGUACCCCACAAAAAUGUCCGACCCGUCCGCCCCGACGCUUUUAGAGCGUGUUUCCACCAAGGAGAAGAAGAAAAAAUCCACAAAGGACGACGAUUAUGCAUUGCAAAAGCAUCGUACUAGUAUGAAUUGCAAUACAAAUUUAGCAUGAGAAACAAAUGGAAUUUGUAAUGCGGAUUUGCCUUAGUAAAAAGAUUUUUAAUGCACCAUGGCUGCAAUUACUACGAGCCCGAAACUUUUGCAAUGCAUAACGACGAUGACCUGGACCGGGACUGGAAGGCGGACUACAAGGCGCUGAAGAAGGCCACGUCUGCGGUAUGAGAGGGCACAACCCCCCCCCUCCCCCUCAUUUGUCAUGCAAAAUACCAAAUCUAAGCCGCUGCCUUGUGGUACUGUUUGCAUGACAGAUUCCGGAAGCCCAAACAGUUGUACUACAUUACGGGCAUGAAGUUGUCAUGCACAGACCUCAUAUGUGUGUAUGUUUGUAUUGCUGUUCAUGCAAUACAAAUGAGGUGGAGCAGGGGGAGUUGUGCACUGUCAUAUGCGGAACAGAAGGAGCUGAAGGACUUGAAGGAAAAGUACACCUGCCCGGUAUCCUGUGCAAAAGUAUCGUACUCGUAGUAAUUGCAGUCAUGCAUUACAAAUUUUUUUCGCAAGGUAAAACAGCAUGACAAAUUCCAUUUGUCAUGCUGAGCUAACUUGUAUUGCAAUUUAUACUACUAGUACGAUGCUUUUGCAGUUCAUACCCGGUGGUCACUUACGAGGACAAAGACAAGUGGAAGGAGGCCUGCAAAGUUCUCGAGCGGGAGGUGGAGGAAUUCUGCGAGCGGUCGCUGAAGGAUCCGGGGAACCAGUUCGGAAUGAAAGUGCUCGUCGAACUGGAAGAAAUGAUCGCGACCAAACUGCACCAGAUUCUGAUGGGCAAGCACAAGCAGUUCUGCGAGCUGAAGGCCAAGGAGAUCCGGACGGCGCUGCAGGCGGCCAGCAACGCCUACAUCGAGCGGGUGCGGGACGAGAGCGGGUUCCAGAUCUCCAAACCCUAUCCCGCGUUCAACUACUCCGUGGUCCGGCACAUGAUGCUCGGGGUGUUUCUGGAAAUUACGAAUUCGAAAAACUUCCGGCUGGGGGCAAAACCGGAGGAGGUGCUGGAGUUGGAACGGAAAGCUGCUAAGUUGAAGAACAAGUAGCGGCUUCACGAAGUUGUGUUCACUUUCAUCUUCGUGCCGGCAUGCAAAAUGUUGGCACGACUGAAAACGACCAGUCGUCACGCUUUGAAGUGCAAAUAACUCUCUGGAGGACAAUCCACGAGGACCAUGAUCAUAUCGGCGCCCUUUAUUGAUAUCCAUGAUUUAUUAGUUUACGUUUGUUUAGAAGCAUAGCCUGUUUCAAGAGUACGUACCUGGAGUAUAGUUCGAAGCAGCUGCUGUUGCUGAACAGGAAACCAACAGUCCUUCGACCCAUUAAAAAUGCAGUCUACAGGAUCGACAUAUAUUUUUUUAAAGUUUCGGCACCAACGCUUGCCGUAAAAAAGUUGCUAUACUUCUUUGAAUUCAGAAUCAAACUUAUACCAGUAGUUCAGAUUAUCUAAUACGGUUUUACGUUAGUUUGCGUCGAAGUAUGUUUGAAAAUGGAAGAGGUGCGGAUGGUUCUGUGGUGUAUCGUUACCUCCACAGAAUUAGAAAUGGG